CCCUGUCCAUUGAUAUCACAUUCUCGGCCGAGCGAGACGGCGAUGGUCGCGAGGGCGCAGUGAGGAACGGGCGAUUUUCGGCCAGAUAUCGCCAACUGCGACGUCCCGGCCGAUUGUCAACGGUAUUACGUCGACUCGCGAUCACUUGCAAAGAUGACUGCAGGUACCAGUUUAGUGGUGCCCAUAGUACUAUGGGGACGCAUAGCACCGACCCAUUGUAUCUCCUGUGUUUACUUAUCUCGGGAUCAAAAGACACUAGUAACAGGAUGUUAUGAUGGGCAGAUAUGUCUCUGGCAGGUAGAUCCAGAAACAUUGAAGAUGACUCCAAGAUGUCUGCUUGUUGGACAUACUGCUCCAAUAAUGUGCCUCAGUCGAGCCAGUGUUGUAAUGGAGCAGAACUUCAUCGUCAGCAGCAGCGAAAGCGGGGAAAUGUGCACUUGGGAUCUGGUGGAUGGAAAGUGCCGUGAAGCAGUGAAGCUUAAUAGCGUUCACACGCAGAUGUUGCCCUAUGUUUCCACUGGUGGAGAAGAUGUUAGAUUGUUUUGUUCUGGAUACUAUCCUGAAGUUUUGGUGAUGGACCCGUUCAGUUUGGAAGUGCUGUUCACCCUGAGCUCCCGCGUCAAUCCAGAUUGGAUUAGCGCCUUGCACGUUUUGCGGCCGGCCAAACGGAAAGACGAUGUUGUGUUGGCACUGACGACGACGGGCACGGUCAAAGUAUGGACGCUUCUGGGACACGAGAAUCGAAACAGCGAGCCAUUGUACGAGCACGAAAGCAAACAGAUCCGCUGCUUGAAUGCACUCGCGAUGACUUGCUGCCCCUACAAUCAGAGAACAGUAUUGAUCGUAUGCUCCAAGUACUGGCAGAUAUUUGAUGCCGGCGAUUUCUCGGUUCUCUGCUCGAUAACGGCCCCAUGUGGUGAACGUUGGAUGGCAGGCGACUUCUUGGCCGCCGAUAGAGUUAUUCUGUGGAGUGAUGAAGGUCAUGGAUAUCUGUAUAAACUUCCGGCAAAGAUUCUGGUACAACUUGACAGCAAGCUGAAGGGCAAGGCUCUCAGCAGUAGCGUUGCGGACAAUAAGAACUUUCACACUGCCGGUGCCGAAUACGAUCAGCCGUAUCUAUAUUGUACGUUAACGCAACCUGGAGAUAAGCCUCUUUCCUGCCCGCCGGCCAUGCGACUGGUCACCGUACAGCGACAGAACAAGACUCUAAAAUAUUUGUUACGCGGGGACAGCGAGGGUGUCGUUAUUCUCUGGACAGUGCCGGAGGUGACGACGCAACAGCUCGCUCAGAUCUGCCAGAAUGACGGAUCAUCACCGCCGACGUUGUCACCGACUGUGAAGACAAGUCUCACCGCUGCCUGGGACGCGAUGAAGCCACCUCCUGUAGGGAUACUCGAUCAGUUGGACACUGGCGACGGCCAUGGUAUAAAACUCACCGCUUGCAUAUACCUACCACAGCAGAGUCGACUAGUCGUUGGACGUGAGGACGGUAGCAUCAUCAUUGUGCCAGCGACACAAACCGUGAUGCUGCAAUUACUCCAUGGCAAUCAUCAGCAGUACGAUGAUUGGCCACCACAUCAAGUUCUUCUGGGACAUUCAGGGCGAGUAAAUUGCUUGCUUUAUCCUCAUGGCGCGGCACCUCGUUAUGAUCGCACUCAUCUCGUUUCCGGUUCCGUAGACUUUGCAGUCUGUUUAUGGGAUUUAUAUGCUGGCACAUUAAUUCAUCGGUUUUGCGUUCAUGCUGGUGAAAUCACUCAACUGAUGGUGCCACCGGAUAAUUGCAGUCCUAGGAUACAGAAAUGCGUUUGCAGUGUUGCGUCGGAUCACAGUGUUACAUUGCUCUCUUUAGCGGAGAGGAAAUGCGUCGUAUUGGCUUCGCGGCAUCUUUUCCCGGUCGUAACUAUUAAAUGGAGACCAUUGGAUGACUUUAUGAUAGUCGGAUGCUCGGACGGUGCCGUAUACGUCUGGCAAAUGGAAACUGGUCACUUGGAUCGCGUACUGCACGGCAUUAUUGCAGAAGAGGUGCUCUAUGCUUGCGAUGAAAACACAAUAGCAGCGGCCGGCGGAUCCGUCGCCGGCGGUGAACUAGGACUAGCCAAUCCUGCUGUGCAUUUCUUUAGGGGUUUGCGCCAUCGGAAUCUGUCGGCGAUUAGACAUGCGACGCAAAGAGGGCUACAUCAGUUACAACAGCUUCACGGUGGACACGGUCCCGAUCAUGGAAAUCAAAUAAAAGCUAAAGGUUCACCGCUGAUGAUUCAAGGAUUCAGAAGUAAUCCAAAAGAUCCAGAGAGUCAUAUUCUAUUCUUCGAUAUAGAAGCGCUGAUAGUGCAAUUACUUAGUGACGAGUAUGGUGCCAUGUCGCCCAAUUCUUUAGAAGCACAAGGACUUAUUUCCGCAGCAGAAUAUCAAAAGGUUGCAGCACUCACUCAAUCCGCCAGUCCUGAUGCGCAUAAGAAAAUUGUUGACUUUUUCGGUCGCGUCAAGGAUAAGGCGGGUGAUGUUGAGCGAAUGUUGAAGGAGAAGGAUCGUCACGGUAUAUUGGCUAAGAUGAAGGAAGGUGCAGAGAAUGUGCAUACUAAAUUACAGGCCAAAGCGGAAAGUGUCGGCCUCAAGCCGUCGACAUUUGACGGCAAAGGCGACAAUUGGAAUAAUAGCGAUGCGGCAAAGAAUAAUCUGAAGCGAAACGGUGCAUUCAGCGAACCGAACGCGACAAUGGAAGUAGCGCAAUUACUUUUAAGCCUUCUGCAUGCAUGGGGCAUGGAUCCAGACUUGGAUCGAGUUUGCGAAGGAAAAUUGGGUCUAUUGCGGCCUAUGGUACCUGUUUCAUUUGGAGUAUUAUCUAAGGGAGGUUACAUGUCACUAUUGUUACCAACUUGGCAAACACAGCUCGAGCCAGUCGGUGAACCUGCAACUCAAUUAGAGCAACGCUUGCCAGCUGAAUUAGUUCGGCAAGAAAGACUCACUAGAGCAUUUACGGCAAGAGCUCACUGGGAAUUGUCGACAACUCUAACGAGUAAUCAUUUACUAGCGGUAGUCGCUUUAGCGAAUACUUUAAUGUCGAUGAACAAUGCAACGUUUGUACCUGAACAAGAACGAAACCGCAAGAUGCAUAGGCCAGGCAAUAGAGGAGCAGUAAAUUGGAAUAAGACAGAAGAGGAAAAUGAGGAAAUGUAUACAGUACAACAAGCACAAAUCAAGCAAGGAUGGUCUCUUCUAGCUACAUUGCACUGUGUAUUAUUACCUGAUAAAGUUGCAGCGCAAGGUGGUGCGAAGACCUUCAAACGGCCGCAAGUGGAGAUGAUGGCACGAAGAUGGCAACAUCAAUGUGUGGAGAUUCGAGAAGCAGCGCAGGCUUUGUUGCUCGCCGAGCUAGGCAGAAUGGGCUCAAAAGGUCGCAAAGCUCUCGUUGAUAAUUGGUCACAAUAUUUGCCAAUGUAUAGUACGCAAGAACCGAUCGUGCCACAACCACAAAGCCAAACUUCACCGGCAGCCGGAAGUCCGGUACCACCGACCGAAUCGCAACCGGAAGAAGAAGAUGAAGAAGAAGAAUUAGCCGAAGAGCUAAGUGUAGCGAGAAAGCCAUCGAGUGUUGCGGAAUUGAAGCGAAAACAAACCACGGCUGUGGUUCUGCUAGGCGUGAUAGGUGCUGAAUUUGGUCAGGAUGUAACUACGACAAACCAAAGAAGAGAUAAUGAGCAAAGACGAAAGAGCUCAAUCGUAGAAGGCUUCGGCAUAGGAAAUAAUAAUCUUGCCAGACAUACCAGCAUGGCACUCACUCAUUUAUUACACGCACCUCAUUCACCGAAGUUACCAAUGCACACGGCUCUACGAAGAGCCGCAAUCGAUCUUAUUGGCAGAGGAUUCACCGUGUGGGAACCCUAUCUUGAUGUAUCCAAGGUUCUAUUAGGUCUAUUGGAGAUGUGUUGUGAUGCAGACAAGUUAGUGCCGAAUCUAACAUACGGCCUUCCUCUUACGCCACAAGCUGACACUUGUCGCACGGCACGUCAUGCUUUAACGUUGAUCGCUACCGCCAGACCAGCUGCCUUUAUUACUACGAUGGCUCGCGAAGUAGCCAGGUUUAACACUCUUCAACAAAAUGCCCAAACCUUAAAUGUUAAUUUAGGUGCAAGCGUGUUAACCAGAGCGAAGCCAGAGAUUCUCAGGAUCGUCGAACAACUAAUUGACAAGAUGCAGAGUGAGAUGAGCGAUCUUCUCGUAGAGGUUAUGGAUAUUAUUCUACAUUGUCUUGAUCCAGGUCAUUUAAAGAUGAAACCUUUGAAUGAAGUAUUUCCGGCAGUGUGUAGAUUUAAUCAAGUCAGUCAUUGUCCGGCAACACGCAGGAUAGCGGUUGGUGGUCGCAGUGGUCAAUUAGCGUUAUAUGAAUUGCGAGGUAAUGUCAAAUGCCAAACUGUUCCUGCUCAUUCUGCAUCGGUUACCGCAUUGGCAUUUUCACCAGAGGGGAAAUUUCUCGUUAGUUAUUCUUGUUCCGAGAAUAAGCUGUGUUUCUGGCAGCAAACUAGCAGUGGCAUGUUUGGCUUGGGCAACUCGCAAACUCGUUGCGUGAAAUCGUAUAGUACCGCGCCCAUCAAUGACGUCGCCCGAUUAAACCCUAUGCGGUUGGCACGGUUGAUUUGGAUCAACAAUCGCACAGUUACCUUAAUGCUCGCCGAUGGUUCGGAAACUCGCUUCAACGUUUGAAUGUCGCGCGAGAUCGAUCUGAAAUUACCAACCGCUUCGUUCAACAAGCGAAAGUAGCUUAUUCGCUGUUUAGCGUUGAUCGCAUCGAUCGAACCUGGUUUAUACAAUGUUCUCUUCGUUAAUAGAUUUUUUACAGAAAUACUAAUCAACAGCAGCGACAGUUUUAAAUGAGCAAGCUAGUUUAAUAAUAUUUCAAGUUAA